AUGGAUUCCUCGCCGACGCAGAACGAGCCUACAGGCCAAGAGAAUCUUGACAGUCAGGCUGAGACGUGGUCCUCUACCACUAGCCUUAGUGUUCAGUUGGGAGCCAUCGAAAAUGACAUGUGCGACUCGAUGCAAAAGCGACUCGAGACACCGGCGCAGCAUCAGCAUGCAAAUGCAGCGCUGCAUCUUUCCUCCGACUUGAAGACUUUUAUCAACACUUGUAUCGCUUUUCUUGGCUCAGGAGUUUUGGGGCUACCCUAUGCAUUUCGCAAGUGCGGUAUUUUGCUGGGCUUGGUGACUCUAGUUGGAGUAGCUGCAUUGAGCACAUACGCUAUGAUGCUCGUGGUUCAAUGCAAGUACAAACUCAAGCAGCAGGGCAACAUGGUGUCCAAGUACGGCGACAUCGGAUACUUUGCCAUUGGUCACAUUGGCGCUAUUAUUGUCAAUACGGCUCUCGUGAUCUCGCAGACAGGUUUCUGUACCGCUUAUUUGAUUUUCAUCGCGUUCAACGCAAACAAGUUCCUGAAUGUGUCAAAAUACUUGAUCAUUGUAGUGUGUGUCCCACCCCUUGUUAUAUUUUCGCUGUUAAGGCACAUGAGAGAAUUGGCUUAUGUGGCGCUGCUUGCCGAUUUUAUGUGUAUUCUUGGUCUUCUGGUGGUGCUUACAAUUGAUUUGAGCUAUAUGAAUCUGAAUCAAGACUACGUAGAGCCAAUAGGCGUACUAUCUGCUGUUCCUUUCUUUUUCGGCGUGGCGAGUUACUGCUUUGAAGGCGUUGGAAUGGUGCUACCACUGGAAAACUCGAUGCGAUACAAAGAGAAUUUUCAGCCCAUUUUGGUGUGUACUAUUGUAAUAAUUACAUCGCUGUACGCUACAUUUGGUGUAUGCGGUUACCUUGCGUUCGGCGACGAAACGGAUGCAGUAAUUACGCUCAAUGUUGAAGGGAGUGGUGGCUUGGUCACACUUGUCAAGAUGUUUCUAUGCUUAGGGCUCUUUUUCACUUAUCCCGUGAUGUUAUUCCCAGUCUUUGAGGUGCUGCAGCCAUUACUAUUAGGUGGUAACAAAUUUGAAGAUGCACAAAGUAUGCACAAAAAGAGCAUUAUUUUACGGGCUGGGAUUGUGCUAAUUACUGCAGUGAUCGCUGCCGCAAUACCAGAUUUCGGACGUUUUAUCUCCUUUAUCGGCUCUACGUGCUGCUCGUUACUGGCGUUUAUUCUGCCUGCAUUCUUUCAUUUGCGGCUUUUCCGUGAUGAACCACGUACUUAUUGGACAUGGCUACAUCGUUUUUUUCUGUGUGCAGUUAUGCUUCUCGGUUUCAUAAUGCUGGGAGUGGGUGUUGCUGAAUUCAUCGAUAGCGUAUAUUAA